AUGGCUACGUGGAUGCUCGACCGGCCGCACUGGUCAGACGACGACUUAGGGUUCUAUCCUGUGAAGGAACGACUAAUACAAGGCGUGAUGGGCGACGAUGAUUCCGUCUUUCUGGUGGAUCUCGGAGGUAGUGUAGGGCACGAUCUGGAGAAGUUUCUCGUUCGACACCCGUUCGAUACCUUUCCAGGGCAUCUGGUCCUUCAAGAUCGCGCUGAAGUUAUCGAAUCGAUCCCCGAGAAUAGCUUGAAGGCUGGGAUUCGCGCAAUCGCCCAUGACUUUUUCACCCCACAACCCGUACAAGGGGCGAGAACGUAUUUCUUGCACAGUAUCAUCCAUGACUAUCCCGACGACAGGGCACAGCUGAUUCUGAAGAACAUCGCUCGAGCAAUGAAGAAGGGGCACUCCAAACUUAUCAUAUGGGAUUUCGUGCUUCCCGAUAAGGCUGUGGCCUCGACGCUGACAGCUCUCGAUUGGGAAAUGAUGUCCUUUUACGCCGCGAGCGAGAGGUCGGAGGGUCAGUGGAAGACACUGCUUGAAGAUCCCGAGAUUGGGUUGAAAGUCAACGGGAUCUGGAGCUACAGUCAGUUUGACCAGAGCGUGAUUGAAGCAGAACUGGCUUGA